UUAUAUAAUUAUAAUGGUAAAGAAAAUCAUCUUUAUUUGUGUUCUCAUGCUUAUUAACGUAAGCAUGGCCAACAAUCCAGGACUUGUGGCAGUAGUCAGAAGAGAGAUUAUUGACAGAGUCAGAGACAAAUACUUUGUAACUGCAUUCCAGACCUUUGGUCAUCAAGAAAUCCCUGAUGUUUCUGCUGGAGAUAUGCAAAUAAGCCAGAUCAAGGCUGAUCUUGUUAAUUCAGACCCUGCUGAUUUGAUUACUUCUUUCCGUGGUGAUAUCAAUGCUGUUGGAGUUGAUCUUAAGGAGACUUAUAUGGAUGUCAACGUCCAUUGGCACUACAAGAGUGGAAUCUUGUCUUUCUCUGGAACUGCUAGGGUUAGAACAAAUUUCCAUGACCUUGGAAUGAAUAUUGUCAUGACCAAGGUUGACGACGGUCAGUUUGCCAUCCCACAAAUCAAUGUACAAGAUAUGAACGUUAACAUGGAUAGAGGAAGCUUCAACCUUGAUCUUCAUUGUUCAGGAUGUCCAGGAUUCGUUGAGGACAUUAUCAGAGAUAUCUUAAAGGGAAAGCUUAUGGACACCGUUCAGAAUUCAAUCAGAGACCAAGUUCCUCAACAAGCUAACAGCAUUGGAAAUGAAAUCCUCAGAAACAGUUACCCAAGAACUUUCAAUCUAUAUGACAACAUCGAUUUAGCUACUGCUCUAACUUCUAAUAUCCUUGUAAAGGAUGACCACUUGGAAGUUCCUUUAGAUGCCACUUUCUUCCCAAAAAAUCAAGGAUAUAGCCGCCCAUCUGACGCUCCUGAGAUGCCACACUACAACCCGACAGAUCCCGGAGAGAUGAUGAUGUUUUUCAGCUCUUAUCUUGUAGACACUCUAUCGACCACCAUUCAUAGCGAAAUCCAGACCUACGAUUUUACUAUCUUGGGUAUCCAAUUCCAAGCAUCUCUUGACCCAGAGGCAGGAGAUACUGAUCUCUACUUCGAAGACGGCGACUUCAUCGUUGAGGCUCACCCUAAGAUAGUCUCUCCAUUCUGGCAGAUGGGUCUCCAUUUGGGAGGUUCUGCUAAGCUCAGUCCAUCAAUUUCAUCCGGAGAUGCUCAGAAUAUGCUUUCAGUAACGCCUACGGUAAAGGAACUCAAACUUGAUGAACUUAGGAUUGUUACACCAGGAGAUAUCUAUGAGUUGGACAGCAUCUCUAGCUACUUCAACUUGUUCGUGCAAUCAUUCUUGAACUACUUCGUCAUCCCAGUGAUCCCAGUACCAAAGCUUGAAGUCUUGCCACUCACGAUGAAAAAUAGUGAACUCGAUUUCCACAAGGCAUAUUCUGAGCUCGGCCUAUUGUUUGAAUUCUCUUAA